AUGAAACUUCUGACCGUAAAUUCUCUUGAGGAAAUGGACUGUCUGGCUUCUUUAAAAGCGGAAACAUAUUGGACGAGUGGCUCAAAUGAAGAUGUUACUUGUGACUUGCAAAAGAAGUACGCGUGGUGCUCAACGGGGUACAAUGUGUCAUCGUCGCUUCUCUCUUCGCCCAAAUUCUGGCUGUCAACCACCGCAGCUCCUUCCACCCUUGAACGUUGCCUGGCGCUGGUCAACUCCAAUAACGCUGCCCAAAAAGGAAUGGUUCACAGAAAUUGCAAGGAUACUUUGCCCUACAUCUGUCAAUACCCAGUCGACUGUCCUCAGCAGUGCAUUAAAAACAUGACUUGGCUAUCAAACUAUCUACAAUGUUGUGCCUUGGGCAUGGAGGCACUCAACAUCGACAACAUUGCCGAGCAGCUGGCCCUGACAACAUUUUCUCGCGGCUUCAACACAACCACCUGGAAAGCAAACUUCAAUUACUGGACAUCUGGAACGUGGAAGGGGUCUCCUGUGGGACUUUGGUCGUGGUGCGAGCCCUCAGGUCCCGUGAUUUUUGACCAGGGUCUGACCUGGGAACGUGGUCAGCCUGACAACAAAAAUGGAAACGAGAGUUGCGUCCAUUUCCGCUUCAUCAUGAACUCCACUGGCACGGUCUUGACCGACAGAAACUGCAGCAACAGUUUGAUUUACGCCUGCAAGAUGCCAAUCAACUUUCUCUCGUACGGUGAUUGGUACGACGGAUGCGGCCGCAACUUCUUAACUUUUACCUCAAACUCGACAAACUGGACCACAGCUUGGGAUUGGUGUUGCAGCAUUGGUUUAACCCUGGCUUCCAUGGAGUCUGCCGGGAAAAUAAGCUGCUACUCCAAAAUUGUCUCCAAAUUUGCGCCUACAACCUUUGGAGAUUUCUGGAUAUCAGGUACAAACGUGGACUGCCCUUCAACCUUCCGUUGGUGCUCACGGAAUCUCGAUUUCAUCGACUCCGAUUUGAAAUGGAAGGCAGGACACCCCGUUGCAGGAUUAGGAUGCGUUUAUCUUGAAGUGAGAAACGGAUCCGUGUUGUUGGCCACCGCCGAUUGCAGCGAAAACAAAACUUUCCUUUGCGACGUCAGGAAAAACCAAACCACUCAAAAAGCGAUGCAGGCAGAAUGUGCUAACAUUUGGAACAUCACCAGCGCUCAAAUUGACUUGCUCAUGAACGUCACUGCUUUCCUGACUGCAAGCUUAUCAAUCAAUUUAAAGUUUAAUCUGGGUGCUCUGAACAAAAUACCGAUGCUGCGACAAAUAGAAUUCGUUUCCCAAGAGGAGCCUACGAAACUGGAAGACGGUUUUGUAGCCUUCGACCAAUGCAGCGACAAAAAGUUUGAUGAUGAGUGCGUGACUGCUCAUGAAACCUACAAGUGCGGUCAGGAGAAGGCACCGCAAUUGGUUUCUAAGAUAAUCAACAAUAACCUCGGCAACGGAACAUUUGUCAGAACUAAUUUAAACGUGUAG